GAGAGAGAGAGAGAGAGAGAGAGAGAAGGAAAGAAAGAAAGAGAAUGAUGAUGAAGGAGUAGCAAAAAAGAAGUAAAUUCGAGAGAAAAGUUUAUCUAGUUUCUUCUUAUAACUUAUCUUGGCAUCAAAUUAUCGUCAUCACCGCAAAUACUAAUAACAAGAGUAUUUACUUCAAUUCCCUUGUAACCUGUUUUCCUCAUCAUCAUAAUUACAAUCAUCUACCACCGUCAUCGUCCCCUCUUAAUCAGUGUAGCAAAUACAGAUCUCAUCGAAUCAGAAUUAGAAUCAACAAUCAGCAAUCAAAGUUAAACAACAUCAAAAAGAAGGAAAAAAAAGAGAGUGAAAGAAAUGGAGAAGAAAAAAAGUUAACUUAACAAUUUAAUUCCAUUGAAAAUUAUUAUUAGUAAAAUAAACAAUUUAAAACAAAAUUAACUUAUUGUUCUUUGUGUUGAUUAUCAAAGUUUCCAAUAAUUGUUAUCACCAUGAAUCGUAAUGAUUUAAUACAAAAUACAAUAAUCUCUUCACCAUCACCACCUUCAAUGAUAAUCGCAUCUUCAUCUUCAUCUCGUGUUGGUGAUUUUUUUGAUUCCUCACCGUCAACACUUUCAUUUGAUGAUUCAUCUUCCCUCUCAUCACUUUCAGUUUUAUCAACUGUCACCCAACUGACCAAUACAAAUACAACUGACCUGGAAACGGGUUGGGCCUCAUCGGAACCUCUACUAAUCCCAGUGACCAUAUUGUACAUUUUAAUCUUACUGACCGGUGUAGUGGGCAACGUGGCAACGUGCAUAGUAAUUGCCCGGAACAAGUAUAUGAGAACAGCAACUAAUUACUAUUUGGCCAGUUUAGCGAUUUCCGAUCUUCUUUUACUCAUCUGUGGCCUACCUCAAGAAUUGUAUCUUCUCUGGCGUCGGCGACCUUACAUUUUCGGUGAAUUUUUCUGUAUCAUUCGUGGCCUCUCCUCUGAGACAUCUUCCAAUGCUUCAGUAUUGACCAUCACUGCGUUUACAAUUGAACGUUACCUGGCCAUUUGUCAUCCCCUUAAGGCUCACACAAUGUCCAAAUUAUCGCGAGUGGUCAAGUUAAUAAUCAUCAUAUGGAUCUGUGCUCUUCUUGGUGCUAUUCCAUUGGCCCUACAAUUUGGCCUUAAAUACGAUGAGACAAUAAUCCAAGAAGGUUCCAUGUCAUCAUUAUCCUCUGCAAUCGCCAUUGAAUCAACCGCUGAAUGUACAGUCAUCUCACCAAUUAAACACUCAUUUGCAAUAUCAACUUUCAUCUUUUUCGUAAUCCCCUGUAUACUAUUGACCGUCCUUUACCUGUCAAUUGGCCUACAUUUAAGACAAUCGGAAGCCUUGAAACGUAAUCAGCCCGAUAAAUGUUGCAAUUGGUUAAAUAAAUGUCGCCCUGAACUUUACAAAACCAAUUCCCAUUCAACUAACAUUGACUCGGUGACCACUCCAAUUAAAUUACAUUCAUCAAGUGUCCAUUCAACCAAUACCAAUGACCAUCAUGGUGAUGAAACAAACAAUUCAUUGUUGACCAAAUAUCAUACAAGUUUGUUGACAAAAAGUAGUUCAAUUUAUUCAAAAUUUAAACCUUCAUUAUCAUGUAUCCGUUACCAUAAUCAUGAGUCUAGAUCAACAAGACAUCAACAAUUAAACCAAUCAAAUCAUCAUAAUCAUAAUCAUCAUCAUCAAUUUAAUAAUAAUCAUCAUCAUCAUUAUCACCAUCACGAGUCAAAUGUAUCUUCAUCAUCUAGACGAGCGGUUAUCAAAAUGUUGGUCGCCGUGGUGGUUGCAUUUUUCAUGUGCUGGGCUCCUUUUCAUGCUCAAAGAUUGAUGGCCACUUAUGCCUCUGGGUCAACUCAAGCGGAGAUAAUAAUCUACAACCUGUUGACCUACAUUUCAGGGGUCACCUAUUAUCUUAGUACGACCAUAAAUCCCGUUCUGUACAGUAUAAUGUCAAUCAAGUUUCGUUCCGCUUUCAAGGAGACUCUUGGCUCUUGUUGUCGGAAAACAGCCUCCGAACCUGAUCUGGGUAAGUUCAACCGUGGAUCCCGAUCAUCAUCACGAUUCAAUAGUACUCUUAAAUCAACUCUGGGACCAGAGACUGAAAUUAUAAUUGGCCCAUCAGAUUCAUUUUCUGGAUCCUUUAAUCGUCACUGAGAUCACUUCCCUUCCUCUCUCACUCUCACUCUCACUCUUGAUCACUUUGGAUCAUCAUCAUUAUCAUUCAGCUCACAGUCAAUUAAUCAUCUUCAUCUUCAUCUUAUAUAUAUCAUUACAUUUUUAGACUUUGAUCCUCAUCAUCCUCACUCUUUUAUCUCAUUCCUUAUGAACACCAUGUUGUUUGCUAUGUAUUUCCCUGGUUCCUUUGUUUUCCUCUCCCACUAUCGUUUAUCCAAUACCGAUUCAAUGACCACCAGCUAAUUGAGAGUAGCGAAAGCAAAAAAAUUACAUAUGAUAUGAACCAGAGAAACACUAGAACCAGAAUUUAUCGUUUUUCUGGUCCAAAGAAGCAAAAAACCAACAGAGAAAUAAAAAAACACUACCAGAGAGAUGGAAGAAAAAAAAUCAUCCAAAACUACAGAAACAAACUGAAUAUUAUUCAAUGAUCAAGUGUCACCAUGAACAGGGGAAAAAAUCUCAACGAUAACACUGAAUCAGAAUAAGAUGAAUGAUGUUCAAAGAGUAAAAAAGAGAUAAUCUAAUGUAAAGAUUUAGCAAUUAACUAAUUGCCCAGUAAUCAUAUUUUUCUCUCACAUUCUAGACCAUCCACAACAUAAUCAAUUGAAAACAAUCAGCAAUCUAAUUGUGAUAAAGAAAAAGAAAUGAAAAAAUAGUUAUAUUAAAUUGAGUUAGUUAAUCAACCAAAUGUUAAUUUUUCCAAUCAAAUCUCAAAGUAGCAAAUAUUUAAAUCAACAAUUAACUAAUCUCUAAACCUUCAAAUCCUACAAUCAACUAAUUUAUCCUUUAAAUAUCCUUGAUUGUUGUUAUCCAUUAAUUUUUAUUCUGCUUGAUUGUAAUAUCUCAAUUUAAACACUGAAAAUCAAACCAAAUCAAAUCAAAUUCCUGUUUUGAUUAGUUGAUCAUGUCUGUUGAUUGUUGUAAUCAUUGUGAUGCAAGAUUAAUGCAACGGAUAAACCAAAAGCAACCACAAUUUACUAAUUAUUAUAAUAAAAAAAAACGAAACAAUUUACCGUUAAUUUAAUUUAAAAUCUAUU